ACGCUGGACAUUGAACAUCAUUUUCUGUCGUAAGCUGUACAAACGCAGCGUCAGCCUCCCGAUUUUCUCUAAUAUAGCUUUCAUUUCCUUAUUAAAUACCCACCGUCUAUACUCUAUCUUUACACAACUCCAAAAUCUUGUAUACAAGCCUACACGAGCUCCGAUUUCAACUCUAUGCCGAACUGAUCUAUCUAAACGAGUUACGCAAAUGUCGACUGACAAUCCUACCAUGCAGACGGGGACUGCAGAUGGGAAUACAGCCGUAAAGCUUGAAGAAUCUUCUCUGAACCAACAUUUUCAAUCUAUCGACUGGGACUCGGAGCGGCAGCUCGUUACUUCUCUUGCUAAGCUGCAAGAGCUUGAAUCCAAGAUUCAUGAACUCCGCUCCCUCCUCCCAGACAGACUCCUCGCCCCCAUAACACCCAUCAUCAAUCCCCGCCACACCAAAGACGGCUCAACAAUAACAACCUCCAUCCCGCGAAACCCGCAACAGCUCAAUGCGCUUUUACGCAAAUCUGCGACAGAGGGCGUCGAGGAACUAAACAGGUUUCGCCAGUUAUGGCUCAGCUCAGAUAUGCAGGCGAUUUGGAAAAGGGUGGAUGAGAAAUUGGCUGAGACGAAAGGGGCGUUUCCGCAGGUGGAGGCGGGGAUGUGGCAAGUUGACUACGAGGGGUUAUUGAGGGAGAUGGAUGAAGAGGGAGAACAGAAGAAGGAUGCAGAGAAGGAGGGACAGGGUGGUGGGGAUGUGAUGGAGGUUGAUGCUCAGGGAGAGAAGCAGUUGCCGGCGGGUAUUAUCUCUUCGGUAUAUGGUACGCCAGAGACGGAUCUGAAGACGGUCAUGGAAUCGUUCCAGAAUAGAUCAAUACCGGGAUUUCGUCUCGGGCGGACAAAGAAUGAGUCUAUGAUACUUGUGUCCCUGGGUUUGGCGGGACUCACAUUCGAGGUUCACGAAGUUCUCACCACAGGUUCUGAGACGACAACAACAACAACGACAUCGUCCGAAACAACCGGCCCAGAAAGUAGCACAAGUAAUAAACAAUCUCCCCCAGAAUGGCGCGUCUCUUCCCGAAACUCCUUCGGGAGACCAAGUCGUCUCGAAAACGCGAUUCUGCAUCAACUGAAUUCACGACCACGGAAGUGGGAUUUGUGUUAUUUACUCGAAUACGUCCUCUCAUACUCCAAUAUCAGAAGCCAACCGUGCAAGAAAUGCAAUCACGUAACUGGCUCAUUGGCUCAGUUGCCAAUUGUUCGGAAGCCGGUUGCAUUGACUUCUGCCGGGGAUGGGAGUGCUCCUGCUGAAGGGAGUGGUAAUGGUGCAAGUAAUGAGCUCGGUGUUGUAUGGGAGGCAUAUCAUCAGGCAUGCAUAUGAUGAAACCUGGGUCAUCUCUAGACCAAGUUGUAGAAUGGGAUGGCCCUAGAGGUAAUUUGACAGACAAUAUAGAAAAACAUUACAUGGCUAGUUCUGAAUUCAUAUUAUCUCCUUCAUUAGACUGAAAAUUCUGCCUUUAGACGGCAGAACCGGACGUACAACUCGAAUAUAUAAACACAUUUCCUCGAAUAGAAAAGAAUUAUCAACAUGUGAUCAAAUCAAUAUGCUCGUUUGCCAUUAUAAACUGUUGAAAAAAUAAAAACGCCCACCCAAACACCCAUGCCACAUUCUGAUAAAAACACGCUUUUGACGAAAUUCGGUACCCAUUAAUAUGUUUAUAAGAGGGAAAGUAAAAUGUAUGCAAAGUUGAAAUCGCAUCGUGAGGUUUAUUAUAUGCAUGAUAACAAGCAUCAAAAUAACCGGUAGGUACGAGACGAGACAAGACGUGUCUAAAAAAGUCCGAAGCCGCCGGCAAACGAAGUGAAUGAGAAGAUGGUAAUGGCUGCCAUACCGAGGAUGAAGCCUAGUGCUUGUCGGUCCAUUAUUGAAACGGCCGAGUUGCAGGUUACGCAGACAUAAC